AUGGCCGGUGUUGAUUCUGACCCGGAACAGACGUUCGAAAUUGUAGAGCGAGAUGCGGUACCCGCGCCUUCACCACAACCAAACGACUCACACGAGGAACGGAUCCGUAGCCUACUGAAAUGGCUCCAACCAACCGAUUAUCUCUCUCCGGGCAGUGAGUUCAUGAAGCACUUACACUCAUAUGUACCUGGAACUGGCGGAUGGAUCCAUAAAUCGCCUGUCUUUCGCGCUUGGGCCAAGACCGGCUCCAACUCUGGUCAUGACCGUGAUGGUGGCUCAUGCCUCCACGUCCGGGGAGUUGCUGGCAGUGGAAAGUCUGUCUUUUCAGCUAGUACAGUGCGCCAGUUGCAAGAGUCUGGCAAUAUUGUUCUUUUCUUCUUCUUUCGUCAGAUCGUCGACAAGAACCACAGCGCCAAAUACCUUGUGCGCGAUUUUACCGCGCAACUGCUUCGUCAUUGCCCUACCUUGGUAACCACCUUGACGACUAUAUCGAAGGACCAUGCCAUCAGCGGCAAUGAAGGCCGCCUGGUCUGGCCCGCUCUCGUUGAGGCUCUUACCAAGGGUAUCACAAAGAAUGUGUACUGCGUGGUAGACGCUUUAGAUGAGAUGGAUGAUGGGGACUUCCAGGACAUGGUUGAUCGUCUCGUUGAGCUAGGCACCGCUGUACCUAGUACAGUUAGGGUUAUGAUGACGAGCAGGCCACUGCCAAAGAUUGAACAGGCAUUGAGUAGCCCGGGAAUAGUGAGGUUGAAGCUUGACCCUGCCAUGCUUUUCCCAGAUGUGGCUCGUUAUGUUAACGCCAGGAUGGCCACGCUGGACCCUCCAUUAAGCGAUGACAAAAAUGAGCUGGUGAAGCAGACCAUCUGUGAACGAGCGAACGGACUCUUUCUUCAAGCCAGACUCAUUGCAGAUAAUUUAGCUGAAGGCCUGCGGGACGGGCACAUCACUGAAGAGACUCUGCCUGACAGCCUAGAUCGCCUUCCACGAACACUCCAGGAAGUAUACGAGGGCAUGUUAAAAGAGCAUGCGCGUCGGAGCGGAGUCACAACGGAGCAACAAGCCAAGGUCCUCAUGUGUGUAACGCAUGCGAGUCGACCGUUGCGACUAAUUGAGCUUGGAUCGCUGCUUUCUAAUAUGCUACACAUAAGUCUCAGACAAGGAAAAGACCUGGUGCGGCAGAGUUGCGGGAGAUUAUUGGAACUCCUGGAAGAUGAAAGCGUGAGCGUCAUCCACCAUUCAUUUACCGAGUUUCUGCAUGAUGCCACGAGAAAGGAAAACGCAGCUGCUUUCCCUGUGCUUGAUGACAUAGCUUCACAUGAGAUGCUAUCGGCGCUAUUGUUGGAAUAUCUCAACGGUUGUCCGCAUUUCGACGUUACCAUUGAUGACAAUAGAGACGUAAACUACGAAGAUUAUUCUUGGGCAAACAAGGAGAGGGCAAGCAGAGGGGAUAUCGUAACUAACUUGCGAAUCUCACAUCCUCUGGUCUCCUACGCUGCUGAAAAUCUCACCUUUCACCUCAAGAACGCAUCAGCGCGGCCGCUCACUAUUGCUCGAGAAGCUCUGUCCCGCUAUUUAUGCCCCGGAGAGCCAGCGUUUGAGACGUGGAUACUGAUGAAUUGGAGUAACCGACUAUCUGCCUCUUUUACUGUUUUCCACCUUGCUACUGCUAUGCGAACGCCCCUCGCCAUGCCAUUGGCGGUAGUCGAGCAUUUUGAGGAGAAAGAGCCAACACUCCUUGACACUCGUGAUGCAGAUGGCCGUACGCCACUGUCCUACGCCGCUGAGCAUGGUCAUGAUGACAUUGCCCAGUUUCUGCUUGCUAAAGGGGCAGAUGCAGAGUCGGGCGGCAAAGAUGGUCGAACGCCUCUACACUGGGCAGCAUUAAAGGGGCAUUCGGGAAUUGUUCGACCUUUAUUAGCUGCUGGUGUUGACCCAAUGAUUAAAACACUUCCACUCCGCAAGGUAUAUGAUCGAUAUGAUGAAUACUGGAGGCACUAUUCAAAGGAGCAAGCCGAGAGCAUGAGAGAGACUGCCUUGACUUAUGCGUUUCGGGGCGACAAUCCCCAGGUUGUCCAGGCAUUCAUGCCCUUCGUUCCACCAGCUGAGAUGAAUAAAUUUUUCCACCAGGCCAAUGACGUGAAGAACAUAGAGACCAUUCUAAGCACGGGCAAAGUCGAUAUUGACUGCUUCCGGGACGGCAAAACAAGGCUGUAUAGGGCAGCCAAGGCCCACGAUCCGGAUAUGAUCAGGUUACUCCUCAAGCAUGGCGCAGACCCGAACAAGAGAUGCACUCGAAACCGAUUCUACAACGACAAGAUCACUCUGCAAGCUGACACUGAACGAGGACCAACACCUCUCCAUGGGUUUUCCUCUCCUGAUGAUAGGCGCAUCUUUAUGAGUGAAGGUGCGAAGAAGGCGGAAGAGUGUGUCCGAGCGCUCAUAGAAGCCGGUGCAGAUGUGAAUGCCAGAAUGGAUCCUGAAUAUUCUUUCUGUGGCAAGAACUUGACGCCUCUACAUCUCGCUGUGCAGAAGACUGGCGCAACGAUUGGAUACUGGGGUUCAUUGGACAAGUCUGAAGAGAUUGCCGCCAAAGCGCUCCUCGCAGCAGGCGCAGACCCUAAUGCCAGGACAGACACGGGAGACACAGCUUUGCAUAUCGCUAACCCAGAGACACCCGGGGUGCUUGAUGUGCUUGUUGAAUAUGGAGCAGAUAUCGAUGCCAUGAAUAACAAGGGAAGAACGCCUUUGCUUGAAAUCGUAGUCAAGAUGGCCUUUUGGUCUAGACAUGACAACCUUAAACCGGACGUCCGUACAUUCCAAAAGCUCUUGGAUCUCGGGGCUGAUGUACACACUACGGACAAGAACGGAGAGAAUUUUUUCCAUCACAUUAUGCAGAGCAUCGAAUUCUUCUCCAAAAAGGAGUUUUCCCCCUUUAUUCGGCAUCUAUUAGACUCUCGCGUGGACCUGAAUCGGCGGAACCUCGCGGGCCACCCGCCUCUGUGGAAAUAUAACGAACGCAAAUAUGCGCUGCCUCCUCUUACUGACAGUGACGAAGAGAUUCUCCGAAUGCUUAUCGAAGCGGGCAUGGAUAUAAACGAAUGCGACGGGGAGAAAGGCGAGACAAUUCUAUGGGUCCUCCUCUCGAGGUUCAAACAGAACCUCGAUGUCGUACGAAUGUUCAUCCGUCUGGGCGCUGACCCCAGUGUGUCCGCUAAAGAUGGUGGAACACUGUUGCACGCUGCGGCGAAGGAUAUGAAGAAAGCAGAGUGGUUCCGCUAUUUGAUAUCGGUAGGCGCAAAGCCCAAAGUGCCCGGCGCUGGAGGGGACACACUCAUUCACAUGGUUCUUCGCUCGGCUGACCAGGGCAUUCAACUCCCAGAAAUACUGCAAGUUCUGAUCGAAGCUGGUGUUGCGCCGCUUGCCAAAAAUGGAAAUGGCCAGACGGCGCUGCAUGUGGUGAAGAUGGAGAACGUUCUGGAAUAUGUGCUCAAAAGCCCUAUUUUCAAAGGGUUGAAUAUCAACGAGCAGGACGUGAACGGCCUUACCCCCUUACACAACGCUGUAGCUCUUGGAGAAACAGCUAUAGCGAAUCUUCUUCGUGCUGGAGCUGACCCAACUAUCCUCGCGGCGGGGGAUCUCUCCCUGCUACAUCUCGCCUCCCGUACGGGGGAGUCUUGCGUUGUCAGCCUCCUCCUGGCAGAGUACAAACGUCGAGGUGUGCUUGAGCAAUACGUGAAUCUUCUAGGCGAGGACAGAGCACCACUACAUUAUGCCUGUCGUUUUGGACGGCCGGAGACUGUCUGGGAGCUACUCCGCAAUGGCGCAGACCCUUUGUUGUUGGAUAGGAAGGGCCUUAUGCCGCUCCAUGCCAUGGCUGAAUUUGAACCUUUGGGUGAUCGACACUGGCACAAAACCCACACAGCAGAUAUUGUCGUCAUGUUGCACCAAGCCGGAGUCGAUUUAUCAGUCGAGGCAGUCGUUGAAGAAGAAGACGGGAGGACCCGGACUGUAACCCCCCUGGAUCUGGCGGUAGAGAAGAAGUGCUGGGAUAUGGUGCGCGCGCUGGUUACACGUGGCGUCAAAGCCCGGGACAACUACAUAGAUUCCCCGGAGUUCAUCUUGGCUACGGAUAAACACAAAGCAGCCGAAAAAGCCCGUACUAUCUCGACUACAUUGCCUGAUAAGCAUCAUGGUGGCAUGUGGCGAGGGCGAUGGGCAACUCCUCAUGAAGCAGAUCCUCCUCUCAGCGAAGAAAAGCUAUACAUAGCUGGCGGACAGACCAUAUUGGAUAUAGAGGCUGGCGGGGAGGUUGGAACUACCGUACUGGACCUCUUGAAGCGUGCUCUCCAUGACGGGGAUUACGACAGUAUUAAAGAGUAUGCAUUGAUGGGCGGUGACGUGCUUAGAUUGGGCGAGUCUAAAGAUGAUGUGUCUAUGGAUGAAGGGUUUGAAGAUGAUGUGUCUAUGGAUGAAGGGUCUGAAGAUGAAGGGUCUGAAUAUGCCGCGUCUGUGGAUGCCGGGUAUACGAAAGAUACUCUCCUGCAUUUCCUCGUCGAGGGAGGAUAUGUAGACCUGCUGGAGUACUUUGCCGACAAAGUGACCGUUUUUGAAGGCCAGGAUUGGGUUCAGACAGACGAGAAAAGCUGUGCCACGCUUCUCGGCACAGCCUGUAAUCGGAGCCUCCCAUCUUUGAACAUUAUACAGAUGCUCGUCGACAAGAUGGGCGUUGAUGUCAAUGCUGUCUAUAACCGAUAUGGAUACUCUUACAAGUUGCGAGGAGCCACCGCACUGCACAUCCUUGCGAGUGGUUCUCAGUUCUGGCAGAUCGAGGCGCUCGAAUACCUUCUCUCGAAAGGGGCGAAUAUCGAAGCGCUGAACAAGGACGGCAUGACACCGUUGCUGGCGGCUCUAAGCCAUGCAGACCCGGAUGGUUAUUGGCGAGAAGAGACGGUACGCGUACUACUGAAGCAUGGGGCCAAUGUCAAUGCGAUUACUGCGCGGGAGGAGGACUCGUAUGGUCGGUCCAUCCCUAAACUCUCGGCAUUGGAGAUGUCGGACCAGGCAGGGAUCACGAGACUCUUGCUCGAGAACGGAGCGGAUGCCAAGUGCGUACCGGGUCUCAUCGCCCGUAUGGUGGCGAAAGAGAGCGAUGUAGAGGUGAUCAAGGUGCUGUUGGAAGCUGGAUUGGAUCCGAACGAGCUACCAGUACCUUGGACGGAGAGAGAGGGCAACAAUCAUGAGCUAGGAAUCGUACGUUAUGCGCUCCACGAGGCAUGUCGACCGUCAACCAAGGAUCAUCCACUGCCAGAUAGUCAUUCACGAAAGCAGGCAACGAUAGAGCUGUUGCUCUUGCACGGCGCUGAUCCAUCUGCACUGUACCCAGAUGGAAGAUCUUUGCUCCAGUGUAUUGUGGAGGACCAGGGUGAAAUAGAGUACCUCCUCCCUCGACUAUCACAAAAGGAUAUCAACUGUAAGGGCCAGAAUGGACGCACCAUUUUAAUCUCGGCUUGCGUCUCGUAUGUUCCUCCAGAGCCACAAUACAAGUAUCGCGGAUGGAAAGUACCAACCCCGAGUAUCGUGACGGGUUCCAUCCUCAGUUUGUUAAAGCACGGGGCUGACGUCCUCGCCGUCGAUGACGAAGGACGUACAGCGCUGCAUUGGGUCAGCGCGCUUCCUGGGAAAUAUGAUGAGCAGCAGCGACAGGCUCUUAUUGCUCUGGUUGAACACGGUCCAGCUGCUAUCAACAUAGCCGACAAGCAAGGCCGCAAGCCUCUCCACUUGGCACUGGCGGCGUAUGCUGGUAGCCUCCAGGAAUCCCUAUUUGCAAUCGAGCACCUCAUAUCCGCAGGCUCCAAUAUAAAUGAGCCGGAUCCCAUAACGGGGAACUCAACUCUACACCAGCUCGCACUGCGUCUAGUAGGCCACGCCGGAAGGGCUGCCGAAGCCACCGCACUCUUUCGCCAGUUUUCCGCCAGUCUCGACAUCAAUGCCCGGAACGACUUGGGCGAGACUCCAGUCAUGGUUUUCUUGGGUGCUGGGUGGGAAGGCACACGCGACCCAACGCGAGCCGUCUCGCAUCCGAGAUACGCCAUUGCCCAUGAUGUGACGCACGCGACGGCCUUGGACGUCUUUAUCGAUCUAGGUGCUGAUUUGAUGGCCGUGGACGCACGGGGGCAGACACUGCUGCAUGCAACAGCGAUGCGCGAACUGCCAGAUGUUAGCUCGAAUUGGGAUCAGAGCGAAGAUCUCGAGGGGGCGUUUAAGAAGUUGAUGGAGCUUGGUGUUGAUCCGCGUAGAGAGGAUGCUGAGCUGAGGACGGCCAUUGACAUUGCUGUUGCAAGGAAAUUGCGUGGAGUCAUCAAGUUAUUCGAAGAGAAGAGGGUAGAGAAGGCGGAAGAGGGCGAUGGUGAGGGCAGUGAUAUUGAAGAUUGGGGGCUUUAAUAUUUUGGGUUGAGCGAUGGAGUUGGGCUGGCGAUAUGGAUAGAAACAACUACCUGCUAAUAAUGAUGAUGUUUUCAAUUCAAGGG